AUGACGCUUGGGGGCGGAAGGCUGUUUGUCUUGUUUGCAGCCGGACAGCUUCCUGUCGCAUCUUUCGCAACUUUCGCAUCCCGCAAAGAACAGCGUUGCUAUCCCCCGAUCUCGACCAUUCGAAGAGACAUGAUGUCCAAGAGACAAGCUGAACUGUCGCUCGAAGAAGAUCUCUCUGCAGGCUCUCCUGCUUCAAAGAAGGCUCGUGUGGAGGACGACAUUGACGAGGAUGACCCACGCCGUGGAGCAGUACCGUUGCAACGGGCUCCGGGACAAGAAUACGAACAGGACGAACGCAGAGGAAACGACAUACUUGCUGCUGCUGAUCGCGAAGGAGAAGAAUUGAGAGAGGCUGCUCAGGACAACGGUGCUGAGUCCUCGGAUAUCGACGAGGCCGAAGAUGACAGACCCGCCAUUGCUGCCCCGAAACGCCAAAGCGCGCCCAUGGAAGGAUACAGUGACCUCUAUCUCGAUACGAUCAACCGGCAAAUUCUCGACUUUGACUUCGAAAAACUCUGCUCCGUCAGUCUGUCGAAUAUCAAUGUGUACGCGUGCUUAAAGGUUUAUGUGCUUCCCGAGGGCUACGAAGUCAAGAACAAGAGCUUGGAUGAUAUCAAAUACGUGGUGGACCCAUACUACACAAAGGAGGAGGUGAACAAGCUGGACAAGGAAGUUCAUGACGCGUUUGAUCUGGCCGGGAAUCGUUACAGACCAGGCUUCGUGGGUAUGAACAACAUUAAAGCAAACGAUUACCUGAAUGUGGUUGUUCAGCUUUUGGCUCAUGUCUACCCCAUUCGCAACUAUUUCUUGCUACAUGAAUUUCCCACUCCGGGCACACCACAGCUCGCCCUCCGGUUUAGCACAUUAGUCCGAAAACUGUGGAAUCCUAAAGCGUUCCGAUCCCAUGUGUCACCGCACGAGCUACUACAAGAAAUCGCCCUUCGGUCAUCGAAGCGCUUCACUCUGACUCAGCAGUCAGACCCUGUUGAAUUCAUGUCUUGGUUUCUGAAUAACCUACACCUUUCGCUCGGAGGGUCGAAGAAGCCGUCCAAGACCCCGACCAGCGUGAUUCAGGCUGCUUUCCAAGGCCACCUGAGGAUCGAAAGCCAGGCGAUUACUGCUCAUUCCGAUACCCAGAAUGCCCGCUUGGUUUUCACCGAGUCUGGAACUAUCAACAGCCAAGUCACACCAUAUCUCAUUCUUACACUCGAUCUACCGCCCACGCCGCUCUUCCAGUCUGCGAACCGCGAAUCUAUCAUUCCUCAAGUACCGCUGACCACACUCUUAAACAAAUACAACGGCAUCACAGCUUCCGAAAAGCUGGCUCACCGAGUUCGUCAUCGGCUGCUUCACCCUCUGCCUCCCUAUCUUCUCUUCCAUAUCAAGCGUUUCAGCAAGAAUAGAUUCGUUUCUGAGCGCAAUCCAACAAUCGUCACCUUCCCAUCGACUCAUUCACUGGAUAUGUCACAAUACGUCGAACCAAACCCAGACGUCUGGCCCCCCAGUGAACCGAUUUACUACGAUCUUGUGGCCAACAUUAUCCUCGAUCCGAUGGUCACUGCUCCGGGUGCCACCGAGGAUGCCGCUGCAGAUAAGGGUGUCAAUGCUGCAGGUGCCGCCCCGUCAUCGGGAGCUGGUGCAGGUAGCGAGAAGGUCGCCUGGCAUGUCCAACUCCACGAUAAGGCCAUGGCUGCAGAGAACGCACGGCUCCAGCGUGAGCAUGCUGGUGAGCAGCGCGGUCCGGAGUGGCUCGAAAUACAAGACUUGUUCGUCAAGAAAGCUGAGAGUGAGACCCUGUUCACUCGAGAGGGAUACCUAAUGGUUUGGGAGCGUCGGAAAGUUCCCGGUAUGAAUUGGAAGGGGAAGAAGGCUGCCAAGUAG